CUCGAUUGAGAGAUCACUCGAACGAAUGAAUGCAUUGAAUGACUGAAUGACUGAAUGACUGGUGAAUGCAUUGGAUAUAAAAGUGAACACAAAAACAAAAACAUAAAUAAAAAGUAUUUUUCUGAUUAACAGUGAAUUGAUUGCAGAUAUAGUGAGCCAUUGAGCCAUCAGUGAGUGAUAGUGAGUGCAGAUGUAGUGACAGAUCCGGUGUUUGUAUGCUUUCAUUGAUGGCAUCAAUGGUGUUAUGAGUGGCGGUUGCGGUCGUCCAACGCAUCCCAUGGUGUGACUCAAUACAGACGACGUGGUGAUGAUAUGUCUGCCGAAGAGCUCAUGGAUUACGAGGACAUGUCGUUGCCAGAGAUGGUCGGUGUGUCCGGCGGUCGGCCGUCGAUGACCGACACGAAGCCAACGGGUCUGUUGUCUGCGGACAUCAAACCAAACGCUAAUACUUUGCGCACAAACUCUGCUCUCAUUGGCUCCCAAACGAUGGCUAAUAAGGACUCAAACAAUGCAAACAACACCUCAAACGCCAACACCAGUCGACUGAAGACCGCCGUGUCUUCGGUGCCGAGGAAUCGCUUCGUAUCCCGCGUUCCCAUCGCUAACGACGGGAUGGGCGUCUGUCUCCGCUGUCAGAACGUUGGAGUGAAGGACACCUUCUAUGGCAAAGGGAAGCAGUACUGCAGCGCUAACUGUGUCCGAGGACUGCCCCCACAGCCGCCACAAACACCUCUCUUUAAGAUCGUAACACUUCCGGCCACUAAACCUAAGAUUAUCUCCAAAACCAAUGUCAAUGUGACCCCAAACCAAGUGCUGACGCCGGCACCCAUCCACGCGCUCAGCGGUUCUCAACAAAUGCCGGCGCAGAUGAAGAAGAAGCCGCAGCCAAUCAAAGUGACGCAAAGCAACAUAAGUUCGGCCAAAAAGUCGCCGAAGAAUGUGACGAAAGCGGGCGGACACUACUGUUUCGAUUGGAUAUCCAUUGUGACGGACAGUUCCAUGAGAGGGGCGCCCAUCAGUUCCUUCCCUCACGCGCCUAUGGCUGACACUUGGGAAUCGCUCGUCACUAUUGGCCUCAAACUGGAGGUCAAGAACAGAGACUUCCCCUCUUCUAAACCCAAUCAGGAGUUCCAUUGGAUCGCAAGCGUCGUAAAGAUCGCAGGAUAUAUGGUUCAGUUGAGGUACGAGGGCUUUGGCAGUGACUCGAGCAAAGACUUCUGGAUCAACAUAUUCACGACUCAAGUACAUCCGGUCGGGUGGUGUGCGUCUCAGGGCAAAGCACUCAUACCUCCGAAGACCAUUGAAGAUAAGAAUCCCGAUUGGAAGGGAUUUCUAGUGAAACGUCUGACGGGUUCGCGAACACUCCCCGAGAACUUCGCCGAACAGGUGAAGGAGAGCUUACGGACCAGGUUUCGGAUCGGCAUGAAGUUGGAAGUGGUCGACAAGAAUCGCAUUUCCGCCGUAAGAGUGGCCACUAUUGACGAUAUAGUCGGCGGACGUCUUCAUGUGAGUUACGAGGGAUCUGAAGAUAUCGACGAAGGCUUUUGGUGUCACCAGAAGUCCAAUUUAAUACAUCCCGUGGGUUGGGCUCAAGUGGUGGGCCACGAGUUGAGGGCCACUCCCGAGUACGCCAGGAGUUCGCUGCAGAAGUCACUCAGCAAACAGUUCGAUGAGAACGACUGCACGUGGAAUCUGUUCCAAAUGCCGCCCGCCAUCAGCACUGAACACCGAUUCAAAGAAGGCAUGAAAUUGGAGGCAAUAGAUCCGCUAAACCUCUCGACCAUUUGUGUGGCGACAGUGACUAAAGUGUUGCGAAAUAACUAUUUAAUGAUUGGCAUCGACGGCAUGAUGUCGCCCAACGGCUCCGACUGGUUCUGCUAUCACGCCACCAGUCCAUGCAUUUUCCCCGUCGGCUUCUGUUCGCUCAAUAAACUCCAGUUGACUCCACCCCGAGGUUACAAAAGUGAGUUCAAUUGGUUCCAAUACCUCAAAGAGACCAAAUCGAGUGCAGCACCGGUGCCUCUGUUUAAGAAAGACAUUCCAAAGCAUGGUUUUAAGGAAGGGAUGUAUGUGGAGGCGGUCGACCUCAUGGAACCGAGACUCAUAUGCGUGGCCACAAUCACCAAAGUUGUGGGACGCCUACUAAAGGUACACUUUGCCGGUUGGGACGAGAGCUAUGACCAGUGGUGCGACUGCGAGUCGCCCGACCUCUUCCCAGUGGGCUGGUGUCAGCUCGUGAACUACCCGUUGGAACCGCCAAAAGACGAGGACUCCACUGGUCUUCAAAACCUUACGCCAAAUGAAACGAACAAAAGACGACGAAAUAUAAUAAGAAAUCGCUCUCAAAAACGCAAAAAGCGUUUGUCUCCCACGAUAUCCGGCAAAGAAUUCAUGGAAGACUCGACCGCUUCUCCGUUUGCCUCCGAUUGGAUCCAAUGUCAAGACGACACCAUAUCCUCCUCGUCCUCGCUGUCGGUCUCGUCGUUGAGUUCAGUAACGAUCAAACCGUCGCCAAUCAUAAAGACGACCUCCGAUUCGGUGGAUUUGGACGGAGACCCCCGGGUGUGGACGUAUCAAGACGUGGCGCACUUUCUCAGCCAAAACGAUUGCUCCGCGUAUUGCGAAUCGUUUAUCGUGAAAAAAAUAGACGGCCAGAAGUUCUGUGCGCUGAACCGGGAAGACCUGAUGGAACUGACGCUCAUGAAAGUGGGGCCAUCCCUCAAGAUUCACGCCUUAAUACAAUCACUGAAUAAUAAGAAAUAUUAAACAAAUUUAUAGUUUCUAUGAAACCCUGUAAUGAGUUCUGAGAUUGAGUUUUUGAGUCCGAAUCGUAAGAUUGAAAUUUGCAAACAAAUUAUUAUUAUAUAAGUUAGAGUAAAAUUUGUUAAUAAUGUUUGCUUCCGGAAUCGCUAUU